UAAGGUAUGGAGGAGGAGGAAUGGAGAAAGAGUGGUUGAGAGACGCAGUCCCCUUUGGCGGGCCAAGGAAGACGCAUGGUGUGAUAUAAUAUAGCAGAAAAGAGAGAAGGGAAGAAAAAUAGUAAGGAUAAUGGGAGAGGAUAAGCUGGCCCUGACAACCCCGUCGCCGUCGUUCCGGCUGCGGUGCCGGAGCCUGAACUCCCUCCGCCUCCGGCGAAUCUUCGACAUGUUCGACAAGAACGGCGACGCCAUGAUAACGGUGACGGAGAUCAGCCAGGCGCUGAGCCUGCUGGGCCUGGAGGCGGACGUGGAGGAGCUGGCCUCCAUGACGCAGUCCUACAUCAGGCCCGGCAACGAGGGCCUCACCUACGAUGACUUCGUGGCCCUUCACGAGUCCCUCGGCGACACCUACUUCGGGCUUAUCCAGGACCAGGAGGAGGCCCAACACGAGUCCGACCUCUGGGAGGCCUUCAAGGUCUUCGACGAGGACGGCGACGGCUACAUCUCCGCCAAGGAGCUCCAGGUCGUUCUCGCCAAGCUCGGACUCGUCGAGGCCAACCUCAUGGAUAAUGUUCACCGCAUGAUUGGUUCCGUCGACACCAACAACGACGGUCGCGUCGAUUUCUACGAGUUUAAGGAAAUGAUGCGCGCCACCAUUGCCCCCUCCUCUUCCUCUUGACUUCUUUCUCUCUCUUUUUUUUCUUUUUUCAAACUAUUCGCCGCGUCUUCUUGCUUCUGUCAUUGUCAUUUCUUUCACCUUUACUUGUAACUUUAGUCAUACAUUCUUCUUGCUUGCUAAACAUUUGCUUCUUUUGAUUAAUUAGUUUCUAUAAUUUCAAAAAAAUUCUUGUUUCAA